AGCGGCGUAAAACCAUACUCACUCACUCACUCUUUUUGACUGACAUCUGUGAAAACAUUGCCUCGUGACUGAAAUGAAGUGAUGGAGUUCGUUUUGAUGUUUACUGGACAGAACAGUUCAUCUAUCGUUACACGUUUGGUGUCAGGCCCCUAGUCAUAUGUCGGUUUCUCAUCUUUCGUGGACAUCGUAAAGUAUCUCAAUGUGUCACUUGCAUUGUCCGGUAAACGCCGCACACGGUCCACAGACGCGACUAAGUGUCUGAAUAUAGCCGCUGCUCCUUUAGAGUCAAUGGCAAUGGGUUUGAGAGAGCUGUGAUGGUGACUCUAGACAACGGCUUGAACAUUUGGAUCUGUCGUGAGAGGAUAUUACGUUCAUUUCAUUUGUGAUCGUCUUGGCUAACCAAGCGUGGUAAAUAUAGAGCCGGGGGUUUCGUUUAAUGGCUCGUACAACCUAGAUUGUUUGCCUGUAUUGUAGCUGCGAUGUAUUGGGUUUCAGUGUGUCCUAUGUGUUUUACGUCUUCGCUUUCCGCUCCAGUCCUGCCAAGAAAAAAAGGACAUUCCAAUUUGAGAAAAGUUCCGCUGGGGAGUCAUGUUUGAAAGCUACUUGUUCGCAACUGAAGUUUGGACCCAUCCCCUGCGUCUGCUAUUGUCUAUUCGUGGAGCGUCCGGUAACCGACCCUCCCAUGGAAGAAGAAUCGUACCUAAUUUGGAAUCAAUUUUGCAGUAGCUGACUAGAAGACCUCUGUAUUUGAUCACUCAGACAAGCCUAUCAACAUGCCUCGGUUAAAGAAGAAGACAGUGGGGUUGUUUGUAACAAUUAUAUUGUGCAUUGUGGUGGGUCUGCAGUAUUUCAACGACAGCGAUCUGCUGAAGGAGGCCGCCUCUCGCCUGCACCGGCACAGUGGAGAUCUCAACCGGAUGGUGCAACAACCACUAAUCAGAGACUUCUCAUCACUUAUUGAAAACCGAUCGCUUCUAAAGAUGAAUCUGCCGACCCUUCAUGAAUCUGUUAAAGAAAGUGGACCAGUGGACAGGAUGUCAAUAAGAAGAAUAGAUCUGCCUGGUGAGUUACCACCACGCAGUUUUAACGACCUCGGGCAACAGGUAGUUCCCAAUACUGUAUUCUACGUUUGGUGUGGGAACAGAACAUUCGAGUAUAUUCACUAUUUAAGUGUACGCAGUGUCUGGACGCAUAUGGAACCUGAUCUUUUAGAGAUUCAUUAUAAGACCCCACCUCAACAAGAUAAAUAUAACGACUGGCUUGAUUCACUUAAAUCCUCCAUUGCCAAUCUUGUUCUGAGAAAAAUGCCUGAUUGGGCGAAUUGUGAAAAUUCGCAUGAAUUCGGCCGGGAAUUGUUGCACGACAUUGGCGGUGUUUUUGUCUCCGAAGACACAGUUAUAUUGAAGCCACUGCCAAAUUUUAGAAAGGAACACUUAUCAGCAUAUGUAGCGGACAAUAACGUUCCAAAAGUUCUGAUCAGCUCGCCGGGGAAUGACAAGUUAAAUGGGCUGCCAUGUUUCAAAAGUACGAUAUUUUAUAAACAGUCUGAACUUGACAUCAAUGUUAUCAAAUCGUGUCAGAAAGUCCUGUUCAUUUCUGACAGUGAACUCCCUCAACCCACCCACUGUGCCUUCAUUGUUCGCAAAUCAUACCCAAAACAUAUAAUAUCACUCGAGAGUCCUUUUGGUGCCGAUCUACGGUAUGUUGCAUAUGGGCAGAGGGAACCCAUAUACCCAUCUACUGACCCUUCGUCACCAAUUCCAAAAAUCGUGCAUUAUGUUUGGUAUAACAAGGCAAAUAUGACUUUUAUUAUGUACUUGAGCAUCAUGAGUUCACUAUAUGUCGUAAAAGCGGACAAAGUUUUCAUUCACGGUAACAAUGCACUAGAAGGUUUUUAUUGGGACAAGGUCAAGGUCAAUCCGAGGGUAAGGUCGGUUUACAGAGAAGUCCCAAAGGAAAUCUUCGGAAACCAAGUAUUAUUCCGACACCACAAAAGUGACGUUCUUAGAGGAGAUAUUUUAUACAAGUACGGUGGCAUCUAUGUUGACUGGGAUGCUUUGUGGUUGAGACCUGUCGAUGACAUCAUAUCCGCCGGAUAUGACGUAGUUGUUGAUAUAGAUCACCUUCCUCGUGAACCGUUUCCGGAUUCGAUCAAUAUGGGAGUCGUACUCUCAAAACCAAGAUCAAAAUUUAUUGACAUAUGGAGAAAGACUUACAGAAAGUACAGGAGUAAUGAUUUUUAUUAUAAUCCAAUCGAAGUUCCAUAUAAAAUAUAUGAGAGGCAUCCGAAUUUGGUUAAAAUAGAACCACGACUGCAGGUGAUGUGCUUUAGACUCCUGUGCCAUCCCAUAUUUCACCCACAGUACAAAGACUUCCAACAGUCCCAACCUUUCAAUUGGAGAACGGAUGCCCUGGCAAUACACUUUACUCACCCAGAUCCGGAAGAGUAUGCCAACGAGACAACACUGAAAAAUGGAUCUGGAAUGUUUGCUGACAUAGGGAAAUAUAUUUUGGAUUCUAUCAAAGAUUAAAUAAUAAACAAAAUAUGUGAUACUGAA